AUGCAAAGGUCGCUGUACCUGCCAUUCUUUUCUCAUCCCUGCUCAUUAUUCAUUUGCGUCCUUUCCAGGACUUCCUUUUCACCCAUUUUCUGUAUCCUCAUCCUUCGCCUGCAGGUAGCGCUCAGAUACCGCGGCAUGUGGCGUCACAGCUGUAUUCUUCAUGGAAUACCCCCUGCAGAGGGGCUGAUGACAACCCCCGGAACGCUGCCGCCCACUUCAUCCUCUCCGCGUUGUACGCACACUUGUGUGGUUCGUGACCAACACCGCGGCCGUGACAACCGCGAUUUCGCGCUUUUAUCCACGUCGGCAUCUCCCGGGGGUCGGCUGCUCUCCUUGCAUAUCGAUAGCGAGCGGGCGGAACUGCGCCAGGCGCGGAUCGCAGCUGUGAGUGAUUCCCUGUUGAAAACAAGGGGGGCCGCCAUGCACUUGCGUCUGACUUCCUCCCGGAGUGGUGGCGUGGCGCGCGGCGCUGGGUUUGACGCUGGCGAACAAACUCGGGGGAAAGUGCCAACGCCCCUUCAAAUGACACCGUGGAGCCGCGUGGAUACCACUGUUUUGGUUACAGAUGACUAUUGUGAACCGGUACGGCGCCUCCGGCUGUACAGUGAGCAUGAGGACACCGCGGUCGUAAUGGCGCCGGACGCGUUGUACCAACUGCGGUUGGAUCCGCUGAUAAGGGAGUGCUUCUUCGAUGUGGGUUGCGCGGCUGUGAACGCAACGGCGGUGGACUGCUGGGGGCCGCAUUGCGCGGUCGUCGGAUUUUCUUCGGGUGAUUUGUCCGUUGUUGACUGGCGUGACCCAGGUGGUGGUCCGCUGCUGCGGACCAGGCCGCCUCAGCCACCAUUUGUUGCCCUACCGAAGUGCGGACGGCGCCUUGCAACUGCUCCACUAUUUACAGGUGUGAUGUCGUGUUGCUCGCUGGAUGAUGGAUUCCGAAUUGUGUGCGGGUUUGGAGAUUUCGCCGGAACAGUUGUGGUUGCAGACCUGCGGAAAGCCGUGACGAACUCGAGCGAUAAAAGGAAGAGUGGUCGCCGUUCUUUGGGGAAGGAAGGUCAGGAUGCCGUUCUUACUGGCUCCUUUUCAUCACCCACCUCCUACCCAGUAUGCGACAUGAGGCACUGUCGUGACAGCUUUGGCACAAUUGGCAUGGUAGACACAGGAGGGACGGCACUCCUAACGUCAAUAGGUGCACUGGAGUCGGGCGCUCUAAAGGCCCGUCGAGCACGGUGUGGGGCGGUUGCCAAUGGAACCUUCGUGAGCGAACUCAAGCGUGGUGAUGAUGUUCCUAUUAAGCAUACGCGUGCCCUGCGGUGUGACGUUUCACCAAAUGGAUCUUUUGUAGCGAGCACGGCUGCGGGGCCUUGGUCAGCUUCACUUACAACCCUUUGUGGUAGGAGUGUUCCUCUUGGUUUCGGCUACUCUGCGGUGGAGGGGCUUGGAGAAGAGGUGUUCACGUCGAUUUCAUGUAUGGGAUCGGUCGUGGGCGCUCAGGCAAUAGAUGGGAGCGUCGUCCACGCCACCAUUGAACCGUAA